GUGCCUCGAUGGUGCUGUCUCCUCUUGACUCUGGUACUAAAAAGAGCAGGAUGUAGCGGUACAUGUCUCAGGCUCGCUUCACAUCCAUCAAACCAUCAGAAGUCCUCGCUGUAAAUGUCGACGGGAGUCUGCUGGAUUUGAGUCUGAAGGAUGGCUUUCAUCAGCGGAGACGACUAACGGUUAAAAAUGUCCAACAUCCUCGAUGCGGCGUCCAAAGUGAGAUGGGACCGCACGACUGCGGCCAAGCGAGCCGUGUUUCUUGCGGCUGCUGCUUACGGUGUCAAAACACUGUACCCCAUCAUCUGCAGGCAGCUCAGCAAAAACAGAGAUCCCAGGAAUAAUGGCCGGAUUUCUAAAGCGGAAAACGGCUCCACUUGUUUAACAAAAACAGCGAAUGAUGUUGCGAAUCACAAGAAGGCAUCACCGGGGGUUAAUGCAGAUUUUUUCAAACAGAUCCUGGAACUUGGGAAAAUCCUGUUCCCCAAGCUUGUCUCCAAAGAGCUCGGUUUGCUCUCCCUGCACUCGGUCGCGUUGAUAUCCAGGACGUUUCUGUCUAUUUAUGUAGCCAGCCUUGAUGGUAAGAUUGUCAAAACAAUCGUUGAGAAGAAGCCCAAGCGCUUCAUCAUCCAGCUGAUCAAAUGGCUCCUCAUCGCCAUCCCGGCCACGUUCGUCAACAGCGCCAUCCGGUACCUGGAGUGCAAGCUGGCUCUGGCCUUCCGCACCCGGCUGGUGAACCAUGCUUACCGGACCUACUUCACCGAUCAGACCUACUACAAAGUCAGCAACAUGGACGGGAGGCUGGCCAACCCGGACCAGUCUCUCACCGAGGAUGUCAUGAUGUUUUCCCAGUCGGUGGCCCACCUCUAUUCUAACCUCACCAAGCCCAUCCUGGACGUCAUGCUCACCUCCUACACCUUAAUACAGACCGCCAGGUCCAGGGGGGCCAACGCCAGCGGACCGACCCUCUUGGCCGGGCUAGUAGUCUUUGCGACAGCUAAGGUCCUGCGUGCCUGCUCGCCAAAAUUUGGCAAGCUGGUGGCCGAGGAGGCUCACAGGAAAGGCUAUCUGCGCUAUGUGCACUCCAGAAUCAUUGCCAAUGCUGAAGAAAUAGCCUUCUACAGGGGACACAAGGUGGAGAUGCGUCAGCUGCAGAAGUGUUACAGAGCUCUGGCAGACCAGAUGAAUCUGAUCCUGUCCAAACGUCUGUGGUACAUCAUGAUCGAGCAGUUCCUCAUGAAGUAUGUGUGGAGCAGCAGCGGGCUGGUCAUGGUGGCAGUGCCCAUCAUAACAGCUACAGGUUUUGCUGACAAUGAAACAGCAGAUGGGCAGACACAGGUGAUGGUGAGUGAAAGGACAGAAGCUUUCACCACUGCUCGUAACCUGCUGGCCUCAGGAGCUGAUGCCAUUGAGAGAAUAAUGUCGUCCUACAAAGAGGUCACAGAGCUGGCAGGCUACACAGCACGGGUCCACAACAUGUUUGUGGUGUUUGAGGAUGUCCAGAGGGGUGUCUACAAACGCUCAUCUCUAUCAGCAACAACAGGAGCAGAGAAGAAGAGCAAGCCUGAGAUGCACAUAGAUGGACCACUGGAGAUAAAGGGUGAAGUGAUAGAUGUGGACAAUGGCAUUGUGUGUGAGAAUGUUCCAAUAAUUACACCUAACGGGGAUGUGGUUGUGUCGUGCUUGAAUUUAAAGGUGGAAGAGAGCAUGCAUCUAUUGAUCACAGGGCCUAAUGGCUGUGGAAAAAGCUCUCUUUUCAGGAUUCUCAGCGGCUUGUGGCCCGUCUACAGCGGGCGGCUACACAAACCCUCUCCCCAGCAUAUGUUCUACAUCCCUCAGAGGCCAUACAUGUCCAUCGGUUCACUGCGGGACCAAGUCAUCUACCCAGACUCUGAGGAAGACAUGUCUGCUAGAGGUCUCAGUGACAGUGACCUGGACGCCAUCCUGGACAUCGUUAACCUGAAACACAUCGUCACCAGAGAGGGUGGCUGGGAUGCUGAGCUGGACUGGAAGGACGUUCUUUCAGGUGGCGAGAAGCAGAGGAUGGGCAUGGCUCGUAUGUUCUAUCACAGACCUAAGUACGCGCUCCUGGAUGAGUGUACUAGCGCUGUGAGUAUCGAUGUGGAGGGGAAAAUUUUCCAGGCUGCUAAGGAUGCUGGCAUCUCUCUGCUCUCCAUCACACACCGACCCUCACUGUGGAAGUACCACACUCACCUGCUGCAGUUCGACGGGGAGGGAGGCUGGCGUUUCGAGCAGCUGGACACAGCAACGCGCCUCUCCCUCACUGAGGAGAAACAGCGCUUGGAGGCCCAGCUUGCCGGCAUUCCCGAGAUGCAGCUCCGCCUCAAUGAGCUCUGCAAAAUCCUGGGAGACGACUCUGUUCUCAAAACAGCCGAGGAGUGAAGUAGAAAGGGGGUAAGGGGCCCAGGAGGGGAAAAGAUAAG